GGGGAACCACGGCGGACCGCCCGUUUCGCAGAGCCUGCGUCUCCCGGAGCCGUAGUGACUGCCGCUGGGUGCGACGUGAUCGUGAGGGGGUUAACCGCGGAGCAGGCAGACGGGAGGACGCGAGGAUCCGGUGCGCGAGCGGGCUCAGCCGACGGGGGCGCGCGGGCGCUGGGAUGGAGGACGGCGUGGCCGGGCCCCCUCUCGGGGAGGCAGCCGAAGCGGCUGUGGCGGCCGAGGUGCGAGCGCGGCCCGGGGUGACGCUGCGGCCCUUCGCGCCAUUCUCCCGGGCCGCUGAGGCCGAAGAGGGCGGCGGCGACUGGAGCUUCAUCGACUGCGAGAUGGAAGAGGUGGACCUGCAGGACCUGCCCAGCGCCACCAUCGCCUGCCACCUGGACCCGCGCGUGUUCGUGGACGGCCUGUGCCGGGCCAAAUUUGAAUCCCUUUUUAGGACAUAUGACAAGGAUAUCACCUUUCAGUAUUUUAAGAGCUUCAAACGUGUCAGAAUAAACUUCAGCAACCCUUUAUCUGCUGCAGACGCCAGACUCCAGCUCCAUAAGACUGAAUUUCUCGGAAAGGAAAUGAAAUUAUAUUUUGCUCAGACUCUGCACAUAGGGAGCUCGCACCUGGCUCCCCCAAAUCCAGACAAGCAGUUUCUGAUCUCUCCUCCCGCCUCUCCUCCGGUUGGUUGGAAACAAGUGGAAGACGCUACUCCCGUCAUAAAUUAUGAUCUUUUAUACGCUAUCUCCAAGCUAGGGCCAGGGGAAAAGUAUGAAUUACACGCUGCAACCGACACCACUCCCAGUGUGGUGGUCCACGUAUGUGAGAGCGAUCAGGAGAACGAGGAAGAAGACGAGAUGGAAAGAAUGAAGAGACCCAAACCCAAAAUUAUCCAGACCAGAAGGCCGGAGUACACGCCCAUCCACUUAAGCUGAACUGGCACCUGGAUGAAGAAGUAUUCUACAUCAUAUUCAUGGGGAGGAAUCUUUUACUGUGAAAGUGGCCGGUCACGACUUUGAAGUGGCAGCUGUGAUCGCAGUGGUGGAAAUUCCAGUUCACGUUGCUCAGAAGAGAAUCAGGUUUUGCCUCCUGAUUCUAAUACUGCACAUCAGUCAAUGUUUGUGGCCCCUGGAAAUGUCCUGGGCCAAUCACUGAGUUUGGGGUGAUCACACAAGGACAUUAGGGGAGGUCUUGAGAAACCCGAUAACAAUAGUAUUUUGUACUUUUUUUUUUUUUUUCCUGGUAGGUUCUGUUUUUGUCAAAGGCAGGUUGAUCAAUGGGUCUGGGGAGAGCCUUGUGAUUCUAACCAGCCUUCCCGGGUAGACUCUCACUACUGGUGGGAAGAGGCACCACGUGAAGCCACGACGCGUCUGGUGCAGAAAGCUUGUGAGAACAUAAUGCAGGGUGGAAACCGUAGUGCUUCAUUUUCCCCCGCUCAUGUUCUAAUGUUUGUGCAUGUAUAUUACUGAUUUUCAAAACUAAUCUUUGUUCGUACAUAGAGUUAUGCCCGUGUUGUUUUACAUCUUGUGGGAAGAUAGGAGAAGCAUUUGGAAACUGUAUCAUCUUUCCAGAUUUCCGACAGCACUCGUGUGGAAUUCUACCUGGAAUCAUUCACUCCACAUCGUAUCGGGUACAACAUAAAACUUGUGCUUUUCCAAAAGAACUCAAUCUGAAAUUCCCAUGUAGGGUUUCGCUUGUAAAAUUCAGAGAAUAGCAGUUCCACUGCCAACUUUUAGUGGGUGAGACUAUUUCAGUUUGGCUGUUUUGGGUCGGACAUCGGUUUCAUUUCUUUCUUUCACAUGGUGGUUUAUGAUGAGUCAUAGCCAAAAGCCUUUCCUGAGAAUUAUUGGUUAAAAUAGUUGAUUUUUUUUUUAACCCCACUAAAACAUCAAGAUAAACUUGUAAAUAAAGCUGAUAGCAUCUAUUCAUACCUGUUGUGCACUUGGGUGAAAAAUAUGGCCGUGGAAGACUAGUGUAAGCUGUGUCAACCUACCUGUGAAUUGUAUAUUGUAGAAAACGCCGUUAAAAUGUUUGACAGGCCUCGAAUUCAAAGCAUGUGAAGUGGAUAGUAGAUGUGUGGUGAUAUAAGGAGAGAUGCAGUGCCUUCCCCCAUUAAUUCCUGAUGGAAUUGUUACCCUAGGUUAACGUUUGUAAUUUUUUUCUAGUUGUAAUGUGUAUGUCUGGUAAAUAGGUAUUAUAUUUUGGCCUUAAAAUACCAUAACAAAGUUUGUCAUUUUGAAAUACCUAAUGCCCAGGAACAAUGCAUGCUUUGGAAAUUUGGAAGAUGGUUUUAAGAAGCAAAUAGGUUUGGUUGUUCUUAUCAAGGAAUUGACUGACUGUUCUCAAAACCCUGUUUACAGUACUUGGUAGGGGGUGGAACAGUGUGGGAGAGACCAUUGCAUCGCUAUUCGAGUGUUCCUAGUUAAGUGCUUUUAAACUGGAGAGGCCAGCCUCAGCAUAGUUUUUUUUAACUGCAUUCUAUAAUAAAUCGACCCAAUAUGCCCUUUGUGGGAAAGUUA